CUGUGAGUCCUCUCAAAAUUGAAAUUCCUUUAAACCUUAAUUUUCCAUUUCCGAUAUGAAUUCUUCCGGCAUUUCUUCCCCUUUUCAGACCCUCAUAUUUGAUUUGGAUGAUACCCUGUAUUCUUCCAAGACUGGAAUUGGCAAAGCUCUUAAACGAAACGUUGAAGAAUUUCUUGCUGAGAAAUUUGGAAUUUCUGAAUCCGAAGCUCAGGAUAUGAACAGAGAGCUUUUCAGAACUUAUGGAAGCUCCUUAGCUGGCCUCCGGGAUUUAGGAUAUGAUAUCCAUCCCGAUGAUUAUCACAGAUUCGUGCACGGAAGAUUGCCCUACGAUCUGAUCAAACCGGACGCAGAGCUGCGCAACAUUCUGCAAUCGAUCAAACAGCGCAAAAUCAUUUUCACGAAUUCGGAUAGAAUUCACGCGAUGAAAGCGCUGGAUCGCCUCGGAAUCAGAGACUGCUUUGACAAGAUCAUAUGUUUCGAAACGAUGAACCCUGGCUUGUGGAAACCCGCAUCGAUGGAACAUCCCGUGGUCUUGAAGCCGUCCAUGGAGGCGAUGAGGAUCGCUGUCGACGCCGCAGACGUCGAUCCCCGCCGCACGUUGUUUUUCGACGACAAUGUGAAGAAUAUAGCCGCCGGGAAGGCUGUCGGGCUUCGGACAGUUUUGGUUGGAAGAGUAACAAAGAGCCAAGAAGCAGACUAUGCUAUAGAAACGGUGACAAACAUGGUGCAGAUGAUCCCAGAAAUAUGGGUAGGUGAUGAUGAUAAGAGGAUUAGUCACGCCAGAAAUGAAAUGGAUUCCGUUUAUGCAGCCACUACCGUUGUUGCUUGACUCACUUAAUUGUACAUCUACAACUAAUCAACUGCUAUGUACAAUCUGUGUAUGCAUGUGAAUCAAUUCUGUAAUCUUUAAUCUUUAUGUACGUUGAUCAAUAAUUGUAAUUUGUACGUGGAUAUUCGAUAACAAUGGAUUCAUCUAAUCAAAUGUUAAAAAUGAAUAACACAACAAGAAAUUGAUUUUUAUUUCGUUGUGUUUACAUUUUCAACGCACAAUAUCAUCAAUUUCUUAUCAUCCGCAUUUUUUAUUGUAUAUUGUGAGAAAAGAAUUUGUAGGAGAUAUAUGAAUGAUAGGGAUGAAUUACUAAACCACAUUUAACAAAGUAGGAGUAUCUUUGAUGAAGCAAAAAAGAAAAAGAGAACAAGCAUAAAUACACGAUUACAAACAAAUUACAAACCGCUCACAGAUCGUAGACCUGUUUGCCGGUGAACUUGACCUCGAUGGGGCUGACAUUCUUCCCGAUGGACCGGAAGUUCUGGCCGACUCCGGUCCUUCCGGGGUUGACCUUCUCCGGGUAGACCCCAUCCUUGGGGUGCAGAUACUGCACCUCUCCGUUGGGGAAAACCCGGUAGAAUUGGUACUUGAUCUUGUACUUGGACCGGAGCCGGGUGCCGAGGGCGAGGCACUGCUCCUUCCUCGCCAGCUUCAGCAGGUUCGGCCCCUGCCUCAUGAUGGCGGCGCCGCCGGUCGGCAUCUCGAACACCUGCUCCUUGGGGGACUCCCACGUGAUCACGUAGAACUCCUCCACC